ACUAGCAAUAGAAGACCAGUGAAGCAUAACGAAGAAGCGUUAUACUAUUUUAUACGGAACCUGCCUUGUUGCUGCGGCGCUGACUACAGAGAGCACCGUUUCCUGAUUUGUUCUCACUUUGCCAUGCCUGCAGCAUCGGACUUGCGUCUCCUGAUGACUUUUAAAUGGAUAACCAGAAGAUCCGACUGGAUAAUCUUCAUAAUUGUAUUUGCAGAGUUUUCAUGUGCAUCCAUUAUAGUGACUGGAAUAGUGGGAAGGUUAAUUACAUUAAGUUCUACACCUCUUCCUGAAGUAGAGGCUGAAAUAAUGUGGAUGAAAAAUGACAAUACUAUUGCUAACAAUGCACAAGGUGUAAUAUCAGAUGAAUUAAAGGACAGAAUAAACCUGACCACCAAUGGCUGGACUUUAACAAUCAAACAUCUAAAGAAGGAGGAUGGUGGAGUUUACAAACGUGUUGCCUUUCCAUCAGCAGGAGACCAGAUUCCAACUAUUGAUAUUGAUCUUCAGGUGAUUGACUUACCAACAAUAGUAUUCAAUGUUUCAAAAUCGAGAGAGGAAGGAACCUGCAAAAUAAUUUUGCAGUGCAACAUAAAUAAUGUUACAACCACAAAUUAUACUUGGAUAAAGAAUGGAGAAAUUAUAGCUCAUGGGCAGAGUGAGCAACUGGAAAUGUCCUUGCAUCCUGGAGACAAAGAUAUUAAUUUCACGUGCCUUGUCUCCAGUCCUGUAAACAAUGCAACAGCAACCAUCCUCGAGAGUUGCAAAGGUGACUUCAACUUGGUUAUCAUCAUAUCUGGAAUUGGUGCAUUUAUUGUAAUAUUAAUCAUCAUUCUAGUGUUUUACAUAAAGAAAAAGAGAAAAGCUCAGCAAUUUGAGAACAAACCUGAAACUCUCUACGCAGUAGUCAACAAAAGGUCUGCUCAAGUUUCUGAGGUCUUCAGCUUCGACAUGUGCUCCUUUGUCUGUUCAUAA